AUGCGGCUAAAACAUUUGAAGACAAUUGUUCCACCUCAACCGACAGAUGCUCGCAUUUGUGCAAUUGCUUGGUCUCCAAAUAAUAAAAAGUUGGCCAUCUGCGGCUUAGACAAUGUGAUCACUCUGUUUGAUGAGAAUGGAGAACGCCGUGAACGAUUUGCUGCGAAACCACUUGACCCGAAGACAGGUAAACGUGGAUUUGUGAUCAAAGGAAUGGUAUUCUCCCCGGACUCAACUAAACUUGCAGUCGCUCAGUCCGAUCAAAUAUUAUUUGUCUACAAAUUGGGAGAAGGGUGGGACGAGAAAAAAGCAAUAUGUAGUAAAUUUCCGCAGCAGAACCCAGUUACCUGUCUGAUGUGGCCUCCGGGUCAACCGAUUAUAUGCGGUCUUGCGGACGGAAAAGUUCGAGCGGCCAAUGUGAAAAGCAACAAGUCAUCUACAAUCUACAAUGUGGAAUCGUAUGUGGUUGCAUUGGCUUUAAAUGGAACCGGCAAAGGUUUUGUCUCUGGACAUGCAGAUGGGAAAAUUGUUCGUACAGGUGAUUCACAGGGUAAGCUGGCAGUUCAUCCCACCGCCCCAUAUGCGCUAACCUGGGCCGGAUCUAGCAUUCUCGCAGGGGGUUGUGACCGUCGAAUCUAUGUUUACGGACGAGAUGGGCGAGUGGUGCAACAGUUUGAUUAUAGCCGUGAAGAUAUGGAAAAGGAAUUCACGGUAGCCGUGGCCAGUCCAAGUGGUCAGUCAGUCGCCUUUGGCAGCUUCGAUCGGAUCAGGUUGUUCGCUUGGAGCUCUCGCAAAACAUGCUGGGAGGAGUCAGAACCGAAACAAAUCACUAAUUUGUACACAAUCACAGCAAUGGCUUGGAAACGGGAUGGAUCCAAACUGACUGUAGGCACAUGGUGUGGCGGAGUGGAACACUUUGACUGUUGUCUAAAGCGUCAACGGUACAAAAAUAAAUUUGAAUUGAACUACGUCGGUCCAAGUCAAGUGAUUGUCAGAAACUUGAAGACAGAGGAGAAAGUUGUAUUGCAAUCGUACUUUGGCUACGAGAUUGAUGAAGUUAAAGUGAUGGGUGAAGAUCGAUACUUAGUUGCGCACACAUCAGACACAUUAAUGCUCGGCGAUUUGCGUGAGAAUCGUCUGAGUGAGGUUCAUUGGAAUACGAAGGGGACAAAAGCGGAAUUCUAUUUUGGUUAUCCAAAUUUUUGUAUAAUUUUCGGUCAAGGCGAAUUGUUUGUAAUCGAGUAUGGGGUGAAUGAGAUUUUGGGUUCUGUAAGAACCGAAUUCACCAACCCGUAUUUGGUUAGUGUACGUGUGAACGAACGACGAUUAGCCUCGGGUGAGGCGAAUAAGAAAAUUGCUUACAUGUUGGACGGGAAAACCAUUGCCAUAAUGGAUAUGCUCACGGGAACCCAUAUUGGUCAAGUGACACAUGAUGUAAAAAUUGACUGGAUUGAAUUGAAUGAGACGGGUCACAAAUUAUUGUUUCGAGAUAAAAAUUUUCAAUUACUACUGUAUGACACAGAAACCACUGCUCGGUCUACUUUACUGAGCCUGUGCUCCUAUGUUCAGUGGGUGCCACAAAGUGAUGUGGUAGUGGCCCAGUCACGAGACACUUUAUGCAUUUGGUAUAACAUUGAAGCCACUGAUCGUGUGACCACAAUCUCACUGAAAGGAGGUGACAUUUUGGAUAUUGUUCGACAGCAUGGUAAAACUGAAGUCUUAGUCAGCGAGGGAAUGACCUCAGUUAGUUAUGCACUGGAUAACGGGUUGAUCGAAUUUGGCACUGCCAUGGACGAUGGUGAUUUUCAACGAGCUGUCGCAUUUCUAGAAAGUUUGCCUGUCAUUCCGGAGACAAAGUCUAUGUGGUCAAAAUUGGCCAAAGCCGCUUUGAAAGCGGGUCAAUUGCUGAUCACCGAACGAUGCUAUGCUGCCCUGGGUUGUGUGAGCAAAGUGCAUUUUUUGCGCAAAACUCGAGAACUGGCAGAGACCGGUGCAGCAGGAGACUACCAAAUCCAGACAAGAAUAGCCAUUUUGGAGAAGGAUUUCAAAGCUGCAGAACACAUUUUACUCUCACAAAACGCCGUGGGUGAAGUGACGGCGAUGUACAAAGAUUUGAACAAAUGGGAUAAUGCGAUUGAGGUGAAUAUUGUUCUGGCAUGGCCUGGGCUGGAGCAACUCCGUAAAGAACAUCAAACUUGGCUUACUGAGACAGGGCAAGAUGAGAAAGCAGCCGAAUUGCGCCAAAGAGAAGGCGAUUUAACUUCCGCAGUGACUUUAUACUUACGUGCAGGUGUACCUGGAAAGGCAGCUCGUUUGAUGAUGUCCGAACCGCAGUUGGCAAAUGAGAGGAGCCUGAUGGAGAGGAUUAUUCAAGUGAGUUUGGUUGCAUUCUUAUACGAGAAAGCCGGGGAAAUGUAUCAGCAAAUGAACCAGCUGGAUAACGCUAUGCGUUGUUAUCGUCAAGGUCACGCUUAUCAGCGUGCUGUCGAACUUGCCCGAUCUGCGUUCCCAUCGGAGGUGAUUCAGGAAGAAUGGGGUGAUUAUUUAGUUACACAACAACAAAUGGACAGUGCGAUUCAUCAUUUCAUUGAAGCAGGUUCAUAUAUCAAAGCAGCGGAUGCCGCAAUCAAUUCGCGACAAUGGAACAAGGCGGCUCAUAUUUUGGCCUCCAUUGAAGACACUAAAUCGCCGGAUAUUUUGGCUCCUUAUUUUCUCAAAUUGGCACAACAUCAUGCUGCGUGUAAGGAAUAUGAGGCUGCGGAAUCCGCCUUUUUCAAGGCAAAUAGAGUCAAUUUGGCCAUUGAAAUGUACAACGCAGCCGGAAUGUGGGAACAAGCGCAUCGGUUGGCCGCAGAGGCGAUGGAUCACGCCGAAUUGACUGACAUGUACCUAUCCCAGGCGGAACAGUUAGAGGCGUCUGGUCAGCUAAAGGAAGCCGAACGAUUGUNNCUGUUGGACCAAACGCAUUUACAUCUGGCACAAGAAUUGGAAAAAGAGGGUAAUUUGAAACAGGCGGAACAAUAUUACUUGGAGGCUAAAGAUUGGAAAUCUGCGAUCAACAUGUAUCGUACACGUGAUCAGUGGGAAGAAGCCUAUCGUGUCUCGUCCAGUUGUACUGCGCAACCGGAAGUUCGUAAACAAGUUGCCUAUUUAUGGGCCAAACAUCUGGGCGGAGACUCGGCUGUUCGAUUGUUGUCCCGAAUCGGACUGCUAGAGAGUGCGAUCGACUAUGCGACAGAGCACUGCGCAUUUGAAUUCGCAUUUGACCUAGCUCGUCUGACCUGUCCGGAACGUGUGAAAGAUGUACACAACAAACUGGCCAUGUUUUUGGAAGACGAAGGAAAAUUUGCCGAGGCUGAGGUAGAAUUUGUGAAGGUUAGUGGGGUUUAUUCCAUUUACCUGGCCUCUUGGACUGCCUGUGUUUUGCCACCCAACAAGGCAAUGUCAUCGGCACAUUCCAAGUCGAUUGAACGUAACCUCGUUAAACCAGCUGGUGGAUUAUCACAGUAA